AGUAGAACAGGUGAGACGGGCCCUGCUCUGAUUACUUCUCUGUGCCUUCACCUGCAGGAGCUGCUGUCCUCGGAGGAUCUGUGAAGAGAAGCCAUGGCGGUGAACAAGUGCGUCAAAUACUCGCUGUUCUUCUUCAACCUCCUGUUCUGGCUCAGCGGAUGCAUCAUCCUGGGCGUCGGGAUCUACCUUAAAGUCUCCAAUGCUAAAAUCUCAGUCAUUCAGGACAGUCUUCCGAGCUUUGAGCUCAUGAUCGCUAUUGGAGUGAUCAUCAUGGUGCUCGGCUUCCUGGGCUGCUGUGGAGCGUACAGAGAGAACCGCUGCAUGCUGCUGCUGUUCUUCAUCUUCCUCCUCAUCAUCUUCACCCUCCUGUUGGCAGCAGGAAUCCUGGGAGCUGUAGGCGACAACACCGUGAAGACCUGGGUGAAGACCAAGCUGGAAGAACUGUCACCGAUUUCAAGCCAACCACAAAACGUCGUUGAUGACGUGGAGAAACUGCAGCGUGAGCUCAAAUGUUGUGGUCUUCUGAAAGGACCAGCAGACUGGACAAAAAUUCCUGAUUCCUGCCGCUGCAACGUCACUGCUGACAACACAGCCGAGUGCAAGCCCGGCACCGCCUUUGGCACCAGCAACAACAUCUACCAGACGGCCUGCUAUGACAAAGCCAUCGAGUUUAUAAAGAGUCACAUGGAGGUGGCCGUAGGAAUCGCCUUCGCCAUCGCCGCCCUGCUGGUCUUCGGGAUGGCCUUCUCCAUGGUCCUCUACUGUCAGAUCAGCAAGAGUCCUGGCGCCACCACCGCCUGAGGCACUACCAAACUCCGCCCACUAGAAGGCGCAGUAACGCCCAACUGACCUCAGUGCAACUUGUUCUGCGCUUUUGUUUUGAAGGAGCAUGGCGGGUAUGGCGUCCCAGAAGUGCUUAGUUUGAUUUAGCAAAACGUUUUUUAUAUAUAUAUAUACAUAUGCUUUUUUUUUUUUUCUGGCCAUGUCAUGAAAAAGCUUUAAAGUGAAGAAAAUACUUGAAAGUUUAGUGCAACAAAUGUUUUUUAGUGAAGAUCAGGUAUAUGGAAAAAAUAUUUAAAUUGGCGAAUGAAAAUAAUGAAUUUACGUCAAAAUCAAAUCAACUUUUUUUUUUUUUGAAGCAACAAUUUGUUGAUUAAAGAAGUUUAGCACAGAACCUUUUUGAUUUUUCACUUUAUUAAGUUUUUUUUAUGUAUAUUAUUUUAAACAAGCAAAACUGUCUGAACAUUUAAUUUCACAAUUAAAUGUCAAAUUUUAAAUGCUUGAUAAGAGUUAAGUCUAUGGAUGAUCAAAUUAUUAUUUU